AUGAAUAUAUUUGUGUUUACAGGAUUAAGAGAGACUUUAAGACUUUAAAAAUGUCCUCCAGCAAGACUCUUCAGUCUGGGGUCCGUCCCAGUCAGGCAAUCAAAGACCCCAAAAAGAGAACUGGUCUCCUCAAGGACAACAGCUGGAUUAAAAGAGACGUUGAGGAGGAUGAACCAGUGGAUGUGGAUCCCAACUACGGCAGAGACAUCCUCAAAACACGAACCAGCAAUGGAAGCAAGCCAGCAGUAGCCCCUCCGACCAGCCCAGCGCCUACAGUUCCCUCCACCAAGUCCCUCACCAAGAGAAUCAACGGGAAUCAGGAUUCACCAGAUAAAAGCAGCGUUUCCUCCCUAUCCAAAACUAUUGCCACCUCCCUGACUGUUGCUACAAGCCCAACUAGCACUACCCCUAACAAACCUCCGGUUCCUGUCAAGAAUCCUACUCUUUCGUCUGGCUCCAAAAGCUUUACAGCGCGAGUGUUCUCAGGCGCCAGUUCAAACGAGAAAACUAUCUCUCCUGUUAAAACCCCAGUGGAUGAGAAACCUCCAGUAUUGAAGGAGCCACCUAAAGAAAUCACUAACGGGUUGGUUAAAAAAACAGUGGAUGAGAAACCUCCAGUACUGAAGCAGCCUCCUCAGGAAAUCACCAGCAGUGGCAAAACAGCCCCUCUGUCUCCAGUGAAUAUAAUUAAACCUGCCACAACUACUGUCACAAAGAGUGAAAGUAAACCGUCUGUCCCUCAGACACCUGCAGUCACCACUCCCAGCAGCACUGUCUCACAAAGCCAAGCCACUGCGACAUUUACAAGCCCAGAAAAGACUCAACCUCCCACUGCCACCAAAACAGAGCCCUCCAAGAGCUACGAACAAAGCAACGGCAAACCGGAUCCAAACAUUACUAAAACAGCUACAACCACAUCCCCUCAGACUGCUGCGAGCAGUGUUAAAGCUCCGAGCAAAGCGCUGGACGAUCUUUUUGACACACUGGUUCCUACAAAUUCAUCUACUGUCCAGUCAAAUCCUGUCAGCCCCAAAACACCUUCUGAUACUCUGAGCUACAGUUCAUCUCAGCUGUCAAACUCUUCUAGCCCAAAAACACCAUCAGAUGCUUGGAGCUACAGUUCAUCUCCAAUAUCAAACACUACAAGCACAACAGUGAGAUCAGAGGUCAUCCAGAGUCCAACUGUGCUGAAAACUGUCCAGUCCCCUCCUGUGAAUUCACCACUGUCCACAAAGCUGCCUUCAAACAGGAUCGUUGGUAAGAGGGAUCUCUGCUCAUUCUGUGGUAAAAACAUCACUGGAGGAGAUCGGAUGAUCUUGGAUGAGCUUCAGAUCUUCAGUCACUCAUCUUGCUUCAAGUGCGAGAUGUGCUAUCGCUCUCUGGGGAGUCUGGAAGCAGGUGCCACUCUGUGGGUGCACCGAGACAAAGUGAACUGCGAAAACUGCUACAGGAAGACCAGAGACAAAUGGUUUAUUUGAAGAUACCAAGACAGAUCAAGAAGAUAUCAAUGACCUUAACCGUAACAAUGACUGUAGAAAAAAUCAGUGCUGUGGUUCCAUCUCUCUUCCAUCCCAUAGAAAUUAAGGCUUUACUUGAGUAAUUAUUAUUUUUCAAACGACUUUUACUUCUACUCUUUACGUUUUCACACAAUUAUCUGAAUUUACGAUUUCUUUAAUUAAAAAAAUAGCCUCAUUACUCCUAUUUCAUUUCAGCUGGUUUUCAUUCCGGCUUCUCAUCGUUCAAUAAAACCCCUAUCCAGAUAAAUCUCUCCAUCCAGAUAGAGUGAAUCUGAUUGUGAUUGGAUGUAGAGAAGUAUAAACAUAUACCAUUCCGACUCCCUAUUGGUUUAUACUGUGAUCCAUGUGCCCAUAUUAGCACAGAGAAAACUACCUGUUGGAAUGAGACACUGGCGAUGGAAAUGUCAAAGGCUGUAUCAUCAUUAAAACAUAUGGGAAUGGGCGGAGCUACACUAGAUACUGCAACCAGCCAGCAGAGGCACUAGAACUGUGGUGGUUUCACUUAAGAUAAUCAGACGUUGCACAGUCCAUGCUUUUCUACAGUAAUCGCCUUCAAAUGAAAACCUUUAAAGCCUUUUCGUUAUGUGUUCAUAGUGUUUAACCUUUCAUUGUGUUUGCAUGAAAAAAAUAUUAUACGAAGAGUUAUCCUGGAAUAUGUAAUAAUGAGAAAUGUAUCGUUCUGAUCAUGAGAAAAAAUAUGUGUAUAUGCAAAUGUUUAUUGUGCAAUAAAGAACCAGUUUCUUCA